ACGAUGUGCAGCAUCGUUUGUUUAAUUUCGUGUUAGAUAGAGAUUUUUGGAGCUCAUUGUUUGGGCAUACACACGACGGAUGGUUGGAGUCAGCGGUAAAUAAAUUGUUAAUUAAUUCUUUUAAAAGUUAAUUGUUUUUUAGUCAAUAACAAAAGUAUCAUGUGUGCAGCAUAUAACCAUUUGGUACCGACUUUUGAUGGAGAGACGGUUUGAGAGCGACCGACAUACAAUAAUGCCUCCAAAUUUUUUUGUUUCUCAUGCUUUGGAAGAAGGACAGGACUGGAGGGCGUUUAUGGCUGGUAUUGCUACAUACCCUAACUUCAUGGUUGCUUGGUGGGAUGUUGAUACGGUCUUAUUGCCGAUUCAUUCAUCCCCUAAUCAUUGGCUAUUUGGGGAACUACGAUUAGCGUCAAUGGAAGUGCAUAUUUAUGACAGUCUUGGUAGAGGUGCUUAUGAAAAAUUCCAAUCCGAAGGAAUCUUUUCCAAAUUUGAACGUCGGGUGGCAAAUUAUUUGGACAAGAUUAAGUAUUGGGCGCGGAGGAACAUCCCAAGGAUUCCAUUGAAUAUGCAAUUCAUUUAUGAAGAAAACGUUCCCCAACAAAGUAGUCAUUUGGGAGAUUGCGGUGUUUUUCUUUGUAUGUUUAUGGAGCAAUUGGUUUCAGGUCAACCAAUACGUGUUCUUAUUGACCCAAAGAACGCAUCUUUACAGUUCUGUCUCCGGAUGGCAAAAAUUAUUUGGGGGUCUAGUCUUGCUCCUCUGUAG